CCAUUAUGAAUGACUAACAUUGUCCCAUUAUGAAAGAUCUCUUAUUUUUAUAUCUAUUGUUAACAUAGUCUAUUUGUGUCCUACAUUAAUAUCAUGCGUUCCAGGUUGUAGGAAGUGUAGCCUCACCCUAUGCAGGCUCAACAAUUCUCCCCCAACAGGAAGCAUUCUUUCCUCUGACUGUUUAUCCCAUCCUGUAUUUUUGGGGAGCUUGUAAUCAUUUUACUUCAGUGAGUUUUAGGUGAGUGAAAUUUCAUUUUUUUUGGUUCAAAUGUCUUCGACCCAUCGGGAUGAGAGACAAACUGACGAAGAGCCAACAAUGAACGCGGUAGCUUAAAGAGUUUCUAUUACUUCAGACUGACAUUUUAUAGCUAUUUAUCACUCAUGCCAAUCUGUCUGAAGGUCUGAAGCAGACUACGCCGCGAUGCUCCUGCUCGAACAACGACUUCAGUGCCCGUAGCUCAUGCGGUGGUCUUCUGAAUGCUGCUGUGGGCUAACAGAUAAGGCCCAGGGACCAAAGCCAUGCACGGGACACUCUUUAUCUCAAAGUGACAAUGACAGACUUGCUGUCCCAGAUCAGAGUGCAUGUCACUGAUAGGGCUCAAGACCAGGCUCAUGCAAGGAUGUCAAUAACUUGUGUUGCCCUCGUAUUUUCUCUCUCGCACCGAGACCAGUCGCACCGAGGAGCAGCUCUGCUCAUUUUGUCCACUUUCACCUCUGCCAACGGCAAUCGCUUAACAAAACAAAGAGCAGGAGCUCCUGGAUACUUACAAAACCAGUGGGAUUAUAUUUUCUUUUAGAUAAAACGGGCAUUUUUCAAUAUUUUUACGACUUCCUCAACACUACGCGAGGAGGCCUACCAAACAAGAUAAGCCUGAGCCUGUGCUACAGUGCUAAAGGUAAUUAGCAGAAGAUGCCUCCCUUCUCUACGGAAGAUUACCACAAACUCGUACAGAUUUUACUGCUGGAAACAAAAGUUAAUCGGUUAGAGGUAAAUGUAAAAGUAAAUGGACCAUGUGGGAACAACACCACUCUAGCAAUGACUCAAAACAGUGGACAAGAGCAUGCUAGAACCCAGUUAACUAGCAAUGAUGGAACUAUGAAAAUACUGGAGGACUCUGUACAGGGUAAUAAAUCUACCAGCGACAAUCCUCCCUGGACCACACUUGGUGCAAAGCCAAAGAGAAGACCAGACAAGGGAGAACGGAUAACUGGCAGGACCCAGCGGCCCAAUAUCUGUGAUCUGGCCGACUGGCCUGCGUUACCAUCCAGGCAUAAUGCCUCCUCAACCCCCGUGCUUCGUAGAACGAAGCAGCGGACAACUGAAGAGGGGAAAUACCAAGAAACCUCCCCAGCAAACAGGUGUAAAACUACAAAACAGGUUUGCUCCACUGUUGCAGGACCAUGGAUCCCCCUCUAAAUUUAUGGAUAACCCUCCACCACCACGCAGCAGGGUAAGACCUGCUAACUUAAAGCCACAGAGAAAGCUAACGACAGGGCCUGAAAAUCUGAUUGUGGCUGAUUUUUCUGUAAAAGAUAUGAAAAGUAGUAACGACACCAAAGUACUCUGCUUCACGGAGGAUAUGGUGUCUGACUUGAAAGAAAGAAUUUUGGAAAUUGUGGCUGAACACCCAACUGUGAAAAAUUUAAUUCUGCACAUUGGCUCUAAUGACAUUGAAAAACAACAAUCAGAAAAGUUGAAAGAGCACUUCGAUAAUCUCCUAGAAACAGUCAGCUCUGUGAAUGCUGAGGUGUUUAUCAGUGGUCCUCUGCCCCCAACCGGGAGAGGAGCUGAGAGAUUCAGUAGACUGUUUUGGCUCAACAAAUUGCUCUUAACUGCAUGUGCAGUUCGUUCAAUGCAUUGUAUCAACAAUUUUUGCUUUUUCUGGGACCGCAGGCAUCUUUUUAAGACAAAUGGACUUUGCCUGAAUAAGAUGGGAGCAAAGCUUUUCAUUACAAACGUGUUUUACAUCAUGCGUCAUCCAUCUGUCCCCAUUGCCAAGGACACGAGACAAGAAGAGGAGGCCACAAAGAAGGAAGAGAAAACACAGCUUAUCAGAAACGUCGAAGGAGGACCGCCAAUGCCAUCCCCCUCUAACCCUCCUUCCAUUACGUGUGAGCAUCCCUCUCCCACCUCCCCAGAGCCCCCAUCCAGAUCGACCUCAGCGCCCUCCCCCCCAGCGUCCACCUGCACCAGCUCAUCUCAGCGGUGACGCCAUCUUACGCCGAUCUGCCCCCCCACCUCUACGAAGACGUGCUCCACCUCCACAAAUCCAUCCCAGCUGUGACGCUGCUCACUCCCCCCCCUUAUGCCCACCCCCUCCUCCUCCUGACAGCAGCCCUGAAUAUUACUGAGAUAGAAAAGGGUUCAGCAGUAGACCGCAUUAUCAGCUGGACUCAAGGUCGCCUACGUCAAAACAUGGCACCUUCUGCAUUCCUGUUGUGACCACCAAGAGAGUGAACACUGCUAAUCUAACAAAUCUCAUUCCUAUUCUCUCCAGCUCAAAGUCAACCCCAAAGCCUGUGAAUUCUGAACAUUUUUUCGAUGAUUUUGCUGAAUUAUUGUCUAGCAUUUCUACCAAUUUUGACUGUCUAGUUAUAACUGGUGACUUUAAUUUUCAUACUGGCGAUUUGCAUGACA